AUGACAUCGGCGCCGCUAUUAGAACGAAACCAAGAUGCUACAGUAUACGUGGGAGGUCUGGACGAGAAAGUGACAGAAGGAAUUCUUUGGGAACUGUUUGUGCAGGCAGGUCCAGUGGUCAGUGUGAAUAUGCCCAAAGAUAGAAUUACUGGCAGUCAUCAAGGUUUUGGAUUUGUGGAGUUUAUGGGGGAAGAAGAUGCCGAUUAUGCCAUUAAGAUCAUGAAUAUGAUCAAGUUAUUUGGAAAACCAAUCAAAGUCAACAAGGCAUCGGCAAAUGAGAAGAACAUUGACAUUGGGGCCAAUCUGUUUGUUGGUAAUUUGGAUCCAGAAGUCGAUGAGAAAUUGUUGUUUGAUACUUUUAGCGCCUUCGGAAUGAUCUUACAGGUUAGGUUUAGAAAAUGCAAUGUAAAAUUACAUAAAUUUAUGUUUCUAGGUCCCGAAGAUCAUGAGAGAUCCUGAAUCCGGGAACUCAAAAGGUUACGCCUUCAUCAACUUCUCCAGUUUUGAAGCUUCCGAUAUGGCCUUAGAAGCCAUGAAUGGCCAAUUCUUGUGCAACAGGCCUAUCACUUGUUCUUACGCCUUCAAAAAGGAUGCGAAAGGAGAGCGACACGGAACGGCGGCCGAACGAUUACUCGCCGCCCAGAAUCCCUUAUUCACUCAAGAUCGUCCCCAUCAGAUGUUCGCUGACAUGCCCGGAGGUAUCAGGCCGAAUACUGCCCAGGCGGUGGCCGCGGCUCAAGGAUUGCCCAUGGCCAAUGGAAUGCCCCCACUUUCUGGAGCUCUGGGACACAUGGGGCCGGGAAUGGGGCUUGCUGGAAUUGGUGGAGUACCUCCCAUUGGUCUGGGCAUGGGAAUGCCACCUCCACCCCCACCACAAUUCAUGGCUCCGCCCCCAAUUCCGGGCAUGAUGCCGGGAAUGAUGGCCCCCAAUCCGAUGUUCUUGGGCGGCCGUCCGAUUCCUCCUCCUCCUCCGCCUCCACAAGCUCAAAUGGGCGGUAAGUUCAAGUACUGUGUGUUUUUAUUCAUCUUUAGCUCCACCAGGCGGAAUGGGCUGGGCCGUUCCACCCCCACCGCCCCCGAUGGGCGGGUUACCAACUCCAACACCUCCCCCUCCACCACCUUCAGCAUUCGUGAUUCCACCACCUCCACCACCCGUCAGUUAA